GCGAAAUACUUUCAAGGUUGUGGUCAUGAUGGGUUUUUUUUCCUAGUUGUUGCCAAAGCUGACCAGGAACUACAUAAAGGAGGGUUACAUGGAGAAGACCGGGCCAAAGCACACUGAAGGCUUCAAGAAGAGGUGGUUUACGAUGGAUGACAGGAGGCUCAUGUACUUCAAGGAUCCGCUGGAUGCCUAUGCUCGAGGUGAGGUUUUCAUCGGCAGUAAAGAAAACAGCUACACUGUCCUUCCUGGCCUCCCUGCCAACGUUCAGGGRACCCACUGGCCGUUUGGAAUCACUAUAGUGACUCCAGACAGGAAGUUUCUUUUCGCCUGUGAGACUGCAGAGGAUCAGAAAGCCUGGAUGGCAGCAUUUCAGAUUGUCAUMRGUCGACCGAUGCUGCCACAGGAGUAUGCCGUGGAAGCUUAUUUUAAACACAAACCAUGAUUGUGCUUCUGCUUGAAGUGCAUCUMACAGUGGAGGCUUGCACAAAGCCUGGUGUUUGAUYCAAAGAUGAACGGCAUUUGACAGCUCCUCCUCUUCAUUARCAUCCARCAACAACAGGAGCCAGACUCAUUUUCCCUGGAAAAGUCCAUCACUCCACAAMUGYCGGAUGCCACGACAUGUAUAACAUGCCACGUACAAACUUAAAACGGGACAAAACUGCUGGUGCUUCCAUGUGAGGAAACAUCAGUAUCUAAUUUUCUCAGUUACGUUCUAGAAUAAUCAGUACUGCAACUACUGAUCCUUGCU